AUGUUGAUUUUCGUGCUGGUUUUGGUGGUUUUGGGUGAGUAAAGUUGAAAUUUCAGAUUUUGAUGAAGAUCUAGAAGAUCUAGAAGAUCUAUAGGCUUUGAAUAGCUCAGCAACUUCAAAAUCUGAUUUUCAGGAAGCCUAGAAGGUCGGGGUGGAGACCACGGGGAUCAUGAUCACGGUGGGCACGAUCACGGGGACCAUAACCACGAUCAUCACAGCUGGGGCGGUCAUAAUCACCACGAUCACGAUCACAAACACGGCGGAAAUGGAUUCGGCUAUCGCCCAUUCACCGGCUUCGAUCACAACGAUCAUGGUCAUAGCGGAGGUGGCGGAGGCCUUUUCGGGCUCCUCUUCGGCCGUAGAAGUCAGGCCCAGAACUACUACUACUAUAAUACAUGUCGUGUGGUGAGAUUGGUGGAUUAUGUUGGCACAACUCCAAGAUAUUAUUGUGAUUGUCCACCUUAUGCUCCUAAUUAUCAAUAUUUUAAUUGUGUACCUAUGGCUACGGGAAAAUAG